GAGCAGCUCCGAGGUCGUGCGUAAAGAGGACGAGGGGCGAGCGUUGACUCAUUCUGAUGCCUUCGCCCAGCAGAAGUUGGCUUUUGCACCCAGCACCCAGAGAAUAAUACGCGGAGUCCCAGAUAGUCCCGAUAAGAGCGUCCGAACUUGGCCAGCGCAUUUUCUCCAUGGCACCGCAGUAACGGAGCACGGCUGCACUGUCUCUCCACCGUGAACCGUAGAGUCCCUCCUCAUAGCCGUUCGCCUUUGGGUGGCCACAGCAAAGAUGGAUUCACAGCAAAGUGCCUUGUCAAGGAUUCGGUGACACGCACAUAAGGGGGAGCCCGAUCACCAAGCACCUUAAGUGCCUCUUCAGGGAACUGUCUCCAACUCAGGGGACCGAAAGUGUCCUGCCAUUGGGCCAAAAAUCAAUGUCUGCCUCUCUCCUGCUGAUGUGCUUUAUUUUCCACCAAUGAGCUUUAUUGUUCAGCAAGCGUUGCGUGGUUUAUAGCGUGCCAGGACUGCACACUGGGUAUUAAGUCAAACAAUGACGACAGCUGUUGAACUAUGACUUGGGUAUCCUGCAUUGCUCUGCGUCAGGAAAUAUGGGCAGGUUCAAUAUGAGGGUAAAAGGAAAGUGAGUAACACUGUAUUUAAAAAGAAAAUGGAGCUUUGUGAAGUAUCUCAGCAGCAUGGACCAAAGCAAGAAGUGUCUAAGCGUCCUCACUUCGGGCCGUGGACGAGAAUGAUUCUGCGUUGUGACGGAAUGACACUAUGAGCAAGGGCGGCACUUCAAGACCAUAGGAUUACUAGAAUUGUCUCUUCUGUUACGAAAAGGCAUGCACAAAAAUUUCGUUUGUAAGAUAUCACCAUUGGAUGAUGAUCACCAGCUGUGCACGAUUGUGAAAAAUGUCAAAACACUCAAGAUAAAUUUGUGAACUGGCACUGUAGUCCUGCAUGAGAAAUAAAUACCUGUGCCCAUAUUGCGAAGGAUGUUUAAUUUCCUUUGUAUAAUUCUGCAUGCACAUUUACUUUUCCUGAGUGCAGACAGUUAAAAGCCCAUCAGUUGGAGACAUCAUUUGCCACACAACAAGCUUAAUUUCAUUACAUUCCUAAUAGCCGUCAGAUGGAGACCAAAAAUGUAAAUGCACCAGUGCACUUGCAGAGCACCAAGGACCUAUAAAAUCUCUUUUGCAAACCAUUGGGAAGAGUCAGGCAUGAAGAGAGAAAGUGAGCGAGUGACGUGCUCCUCGGUGUCAGCCCGUUACUAAAUGCCUGACCCUGGUGAACAGAUGGCUCUCCUUGGGGACAGCAUGACACUGGGGUCUCCUGGCCAGAACUGCACCAACUGUAGUCAAGUCCAGUUCCCGGAGGUGAAUGUCCCCAAGGCCAUCGUCCUGGGCCUGGUUCUAGCUGUCUUCAUCGUGUUUGGAGUGUUGGGCAACGUCCUGGUCAUCCUGUCUGUGGUGUGCCACCGGCACCUACGUACGGUCACGCACUACUUCAUCGUCAACCUGGCAGUGGCCGACCUCCUGCUCAGCUCUGCCGUGCUACCGUUUUCUGCCAUCUUCGAGAUGCUUGGCCGAUGGGUGUUCGGCCGGGCCUUCUGCGACGUGUGGGCAGCCAUGGACGUGCUAUGCUGCACGGCUUCCAUCAUGAGCCUGUGCGUGAUCUCCGUGGACCGGUACGUGGGUGUGAGCUACCCGCUGCGCUACCCGGCUAUCGUGACGGAACAGCGCGCCCUGCUGGCACUCGUGGUCAUUUGGGCGCUCGCCGUCACCAUCUCGGUGGGGCCGCUCUUUGGCUGGAAGGAGCCGGCUCCGGAGGACGAGGCCGUGUGCCGGAUCACGGAAGAGCCCGGCUACGCCAUCUUCUCGGCCGUGGGCUCCUUCUACGUGCCGCUGGCGGUCAUCCUGGCCAUGUACUGUCGGGUGUACGUGGUAGCGCGGCGGGAGACGCGCGGCCUCCGCGAGGGCCGCAAGACGGAGAAGGCGGACCAUGCCGAGGUCGUGACCCUGCGCAUACACCGCGGCAACGCAGCUGCAACGGAGGACGAGGCGAUGCGCGGACGCAUGCACUUCACCCUCCGCCUGCUUAAGUUCUCCCGGGAGAAGAGAGCAGCCAAGACCCUGGGCAUUGUGGUCGGAUGCUUCAUCCUCUGCUGGCUGCCCUUCUUCCUGGUACUGCCUAUCGGCUCCAUCUUCCCAGCAUACAGACCCUCAGACACUGUCUUCAAGAUCACGUUCUGGCUUGGUUACUUCAACAGCUGCAUUAACCCUAUCAUCUACCCGUGCUCUAGUCAGGAGUUCAAGAAAGCCUUUCUGAGCGUGCUGGGGGCAUGCUGCCCGCACCGGCAAACCAGGCCCGCCCAGCCCUGUCCCCAGGGCCACACCCCCAGCCGUGCACCCUCCCACCACCUCUCCCUAGGCUCGGAGAGCCGUGCCGACCCCUUACGCCUUAGCCCCUCCUCCUCUGUGGUCCUGUCCCGCACUCCCUCCUCCAGGGACGGCCGGGAGUGGCAGGCCAUUUCCCGGGCCUCUUCCGUGGGACCGGCGGGGGGCGGCGUGGGCAUGAGCGCCGGAGCCAAGGUGGCCGGGGCGUGCAGCAAGAACCUGCUGAGGACGUGUUGCUGCGUGGGGGCGAGUCCGGCGAGGGCAGGGCCCCCCGUACACGUCUCCCCUCCGGUCAUCAAGGUCCAUCGGCUGUCCCUGCGCGAGAACGGGGACGCGGUGUGAGCCGCAUGCACACGAACGCCUGCAACACCCCCCCACCUCCGCCCAGGAGCUCACGAGGCAUGCGCCGCCUGUCUGCAGGACAAUAUGACGGAGACACUGAAUCGAGGUGGAAGCUGAUAAAUGCCAUAUCAUUUCACAGUGUGACUAGCCUGUUAUCAAGCUGGACACAGAGGGCUGGCGGAUGGGCAGCCGCUCAAAGGAGACGAGGAGGUGCGCUUCAGAGAAAAAGAAAGCCUGCGAAACACGUCAGCAGUGUUCUGGUGACAAUAAAUAGUUUGACCACAUUGUGUACCAAAAGGGAGGAUAUCAGCACUCAGUCUGAUUGAUUAUAGUUUAAUAUUGUCUUUGCACAUUUGCACAGAAAAUAAAAUAUCAUGGAAUCUUGUUUUAUGUAAACAUUUUAUGUAAACAUUUAUGGCUGAAAUUAUACAUCUAUAUUGUCUGCAUUUCUAAAAGUGGUUUAACCAGCAGGAAUGCUCACGAACCUGCGUGUAUUCAGACUGAUAAAAGAGAAAUUUGUUUUAAUACCUCACCUCAGAACCAUCAGAUGCACAAGAAAUUGAAUGUGACCACUUUAUCCAAGCUCUGGUUUAUGUGCCAGACAUAAUGGUUUUAUAACUUAUAUACAAUAACAUGCGCUGCACCUUGUUUUCUGUUCUACAGUUCAAAUAUUCCAGUAACUUAGGACAUGCACAAGCAUUCACAUUCUUUGCAUGGUAAAUCCCAGGUUUAUCAAGGACUAUGUAUAAGUAUUUUUCUAUCAUAUAGACUCAUGUUAAAUGUUUUGUUAAAUGGUAUAUGAAUCAACUUUGUGUUCAGUCACGGAAGCCAUGCAGUAUAUCAGCGCAGCCUAAAAAGUGCUUUGGGAGCAGUUUUGGGAAAGUGUCCCCAAAAUUACUCCAUCGCCCCCAGCCUGCAAACCUCGGAAUUGUCCUGCUGUGAGAACUACUUGGUUUAUCAAAUGUCCCCUGAUGUUACAGUGAGGUCAGAGUUGAACUACUCCAACCAAAUCCAAUGUGGUUGACAUUGGGGAAACAAUUCUGUCUCACCAUGUUAAAUAUGCCAAUAAAGUAUGCGAAUUGUCCAAA